AUGAGUGAAAAAAUAGAAAAAUCCAGCACAACAUCCUCUUCAUUCGAGGAAAAAGGCCAAAAUGAUCGCAUUGAAGUAACCAAUGUUUCGUUUGUCAAGUCUGAUGCAGAGAAACGCUUGGUUAGAAAGCUGAAUACAAGAUUAUUGCCACUUGCCGGUUUGAUCAUCUUCCUUCAGUUUGUCGAUAAAGCUGCCUUGAGUGUUGCUGCCGUUUUAGGUAUCAUUCAAGAUACAAAGAUGACAAUGGAUCAAUACAGUUGGUUGGGUGCUCUUUUCUACUUGGGUUAUUUUGUAUGGCAAUUGCCCAACACGUACCUUCUUCAAAAGUUUCCAAUUGGCAAAUAUCUCGGUACUCUUUUAAUUAUUUGGGGCGCUAUCACUAUUGCUACUGCCUUUGGUAAAAACUUUGCUCAGUUGGCGGUUUUGCGUGUUCUUCUUGGCGUCUUUGAAGCGGGUACCUAUCCCGCAUUAAUCAUGAUAUUCAACACAUUGUAUCGCCGUAGCGAGCAGUCUGCUUGUUUUGGUUUCCUGUAUUUGAGUAAUGGCCUCGGCAGCUGUGUUGGCUCUGCUGCCGCUGUUGGUAUCGCCAAAAUGGGCACACGAAAUGGAAUUACUGCAUGGCAAUGGGGCUAUGUUAUUUGGGGCACCAUCACUGUUGUAAUUGGUAUCAUUACCGUCAUCUUCUUGAUCGAUAGUCCUGAAUCCUGGGUCUUGCAAUUGACAGAGGAGGAGAAAGAGAUUACUAAAUUGCGUACUCAGGAUAACGCUGUUGUGCGCAAGCAAAAGGUCAAAGUUAGUCAAUAUUGGGAAGCCCUCCGAGAACCUCGCUUAUGGCUUCUUUUCAUUACUUCACUUUCACAUAAUCUUCAAAACGGUGGUUUGGUUACUUACAGUACCGUGCUGGUCCAUGGCCUUGGUUUUGAUGCCUAUGAAUCCAUUCUUUUGCAAAUCCCUAGUGGCGCUUUUACUGUCAUUUAUAUUGCUAUUGCCGUCUACAUCAAUCGCAGAUCAAAGCAAAUUAUCUACACUGCCCUUAUUUGCUACACUGUCUCUGCUUUAGGCUGUUUGCUGCUAGCUGUGUUACCCAACACUGGUGUGAAGCUUGUUGGCUAUUAUUUCACUUGGGCUCAAACUGGAAGUUAUGUCAUGCUCAUCUCCAUCAUUGGAUCAACUGUAUCUGGGUAUUCAAAGAAGAUCUUCUACAAUGGUGCUAACAUGCUGGCAUACACCAUUGGUAACUUUGCUGGUCCUCUUAUGCUUGUCGAUAGCACCAAGCCUUCUUAUACACCCACGAUGUGGGGUCUCUUUGGAGCUAACCUUCUCAAUAUGGCGUGUCUUUUACUCGUUCGUCUGAUUUUGGCCCGUAUCAACAAGAAGCGUGCGGCCGAAAGAACAGAUGAGCCUACCGAUGUAUACCUCAACCUGACAGACAAGGCAGACAAGAACUAUGUUUACAACCUUUAA